GUUCGGUUGACAGGUCUCGACACCUCCACCAUCCUCAAGUGGCUCAUUCUCGAGGGUUACACUGUCGUAUGCUUCCUCGCCAAUGUUGGCCAGGAGGAGGACUGGGCUGAGGUCGAGAAGAAGGCCCUCGCUCUCGGUGCCGAGCGCAUGGUGAUUGAGGACCUCCAGCGCGAGUUUGUCGAGGAGAUUGUCUUCCGCGCCAUCCAGUGCAACGCCAUCUAUGAGGACCGCUACCUCCUCGGUACCUCCCUCGCCCGGCCCAUCAUUGCCCGGGCUCAGGUCCGCGUUGCUGAGCAGUACAACUGCGACAUCCUCAGCCACGGCUGCACCGGCAAGGGCAAUGACCAGGUCCGCUUCGAGCUUGCCUUCAAGGCUUGCAACCCCAAGAUGAAGGUCAUCGCCCCCUGGAGAAUGCCCGAGUUCAUCGAGAAGUUCCAGGGCCGUGCCGAUCUCCUCAAGUUCGCCGCCGAGAACAACAUUCCCGUCUCCUCCAGCCCCAAGGCUCCCUGGUCCAUGGAUGACAACCUCGUGCACUGCUCGUACGAGGCUGGUGUCCUUGAGGACCCCGACCACUCUCCCCCCAAGGAGCUCUGGACCCGCACCGUCGACCCUACCGACGCUCCCGAUGUUCCCUACAACUUCACCAUCCACUUCGAGAAGGGUAUCCCCACCAAGGUUGUCACCCCCGAGGGUGAGGUUACCGACUCGGUUGCUCUGUUCAAGCUUCUGAACAAGAUUGGCCACGACAACGGUGUUGGCAGAAUCGAUAUUGUUGAGAACCGUUUCAUCGGUCUCAAGAGCAGAGGCUGCUACGACACCCCCGGUCUUACCAUUGCCCGCCUUGCUCACUUGGAUCUUGAGGGUCUUGUCAUGGACGCCAAGGUUCGCAAGCUCCGUGACCAGUUCGUCACGAUUGAGUGGUCUCACUGCCUCUACAACGGCAUGUACUUCUCUCCCGAGCGUGAGUUCCUUGAGAACUCCCUCGUCUACUCCCAGGAGAACGUUACUGGUGAGGUCCGCAUGUCGGUUUACAAGGGCGCUGCCUACGUCCUUGGCCGCAAGUCGGAUGCCAGCAACCUCUACUCGCAGGAGGAUGCUUCUAUGGACUCUCUUGAGGGCUUCUCCCCCAUGGACACCUCUGGCUUCAUUGCCAUCCAGGCCAUCCGCCUGGAGAAGUACGGCCUCCAGAAGAUCAAGGAUGGCAAGCCCCUUACCAAGUAA